AAACAAACUUAGAGUUAUAUGCCCUUUGCUGUUGUUUACGAAAUCACAGGUACACAAUCAUGUGAUGGAGGCUAUAAAUUCGUCGUGACAGUAACCUGUCAUCUCAUCCCCAUUCACGUUGCGAUUAAGUCCAGAGAAUUCAAAUUUCAUAAUUGUGAUACGAUAUGUCCGUGCGCGAUUUGGUGUCUCGUGGUGCAUGUUCUGAAUGUUAACAUUGGUUAACUCGAGUUGACUCUAGAAUUUAAAUCCGUGAAAAUAUUUAGAAAUGGUAUAUCAAAUAGCUUAUUUUGGAGGAGUCUGAACGGUACAUUUCUUGCAGGAUGGAAUCUCAACGACGAGAAACAGAAGAAGGAUAUCUCAGGAAGUUUAUUCCGCUGUGUGUUGUGGAAUUUUUCUUCUUUUUUGCAUAUGUAAUGGGACUUUAUAUAGCAACAGAGUACGGCCACGAUAAAUUUCGUGCUACCCUGUUUCCAAACCAAACUAAACUUAACACCACCGACAAUUCGCUUUGCAAUACGGAUACCACCUCCGAGGAAUACAAGGACGAACAAAAAGUGCAGAAAAUUGUGUCAGAAUGGAGCGUUUACAUCUCCCUGGCCCAGGGAAUUCCCCUUCUCUUCUCUUCUCUUGUGUUCUCUCCUCUAAGUGAUUCUAUUGGUCGCAAGAUGUUUCUUUUCAUCGGAGGUGCUGGAGUUUGUGUAAAAGAGAUCUUGAUGACCCUAGCCAUUGCAUAUAACUGGAACGUGUAUCUCUUUAUCCCUUUCACUUUUAUAGAGGGUUGUUGUGGUAGCUGGGUGGCUCUGCUAGCGGUUACAUUUUCCAUGAUGUCGGACAUAUCUUCGGGGCAGUCUAGAUCUUUUCUCAUUGCUGCUAUAAGCUUUGUGCUUGGCGUGGGAUUUUCUGUUGGUAGUUUUGUACCUGGCUAUACAAUUUCUGCCUUUGGCUACACCUAUUCUAUGGCGAUUGCCUGUGGUAUAUGUUUUGUAUCGGUGAUUGGUAUAUGUCUUGUGCCGGAAACACUAGCUCCUACCAGCCACUCAACUCUACAGUUUCGUUUCCUUGACUAUUUCAAAGAAAUUAUUCAGUUUUAUAUAAAAAAGGAUGAUUCGUCCGGGGACUCUAAGCGAUGGAAAUACAUAAUAAGUCUGUCAGCAUUUUGCUUCGUUAUGUUGGGAAGACUAGGCAGCUCAGCUUUUGAGCUACUUUAUUUGAUAGAUUCACCGUUCUGUUUCAAUCCUAUUAAAAUAAGCGUUUUCCAAACUCUAAAAUCUGUUCUGUCGGAGGUCGUCAUAUUAAUAGGAAUAAAACUUCUGCAGAAGUGGUUCAGAGAUGAGACAAUUGCUCUCAUCGGCACGAUUUCAUCUGUCGCCUUUUACAUUUUAUUUGGAACAGCGCCAUCGGAAUACUACCUUUAUAUAGCAUCUGUGGUGGGCUCCUUUGGGAUGAGCUCCAUUCCAAUGAUCAGAGCUGUCAUGUCUAAGAUGACACCCGUCGACAAGCAAGGUACGCUGUUCGGAAGUAUAGCGAUUGUUGAGAACAUUUGUAACCUCUCGGGCGCUGUACUUGGAGGAGCUAUUUAUUCAACCACUGUCUCCUUUUAUCGAGGGAUGGCUUACCUAAUCCUUGCAGGAUUCCUAGGCAUUGCCUUUGUCUUACUUCUAAUUCUGGUUGUGUUUGGUCAUGAAUGGCGUCAGAGGGACAAUUAUCAGCGCAUACCUGAAACUUCUAGAAGGAAGACUUGUGAUGAUGAAAUAUACAGCGUCUUCUAAGUGUCAGUCUCAGCACUUAACAUUGUAAGUUACACAUCAGGAAAACUACCCCUCAUCAUAGCAUUAGCUUAUAAUGAAAUCCACAUUCCAAUUACGUAACAAUGGUGAUGGUCGCCAUGCAGGAGAUUAUAUGAUAUUCAAAAUGUUAAAAGGUUUUAUACAGGGUUGGUGUUAGACGAAAACUCCGACCCAAGAAUCCCAUUGAAAUACCGGGUACAGAGAUAUUGGUCUGCAGUGGGUAACAUCGAAGAGUUACAGCACGAUUUUAAACAGUAGGCUCAUAUAUUUAGAAGAAAAUAACUUUUAGUAAAUGUACAAAAAAGUUUUCAGCGGAUUAAGUAUGGAAAUCCAUUGGCUAAUGACAUACAGCAUGUACCAAAACUCUGAAUUGGCACCCUUUUGAAAUCACGCUAUGAUGUAGAAAACUAUGUAACACUGGACAUUUAAAAACCAAUAUCUACUAUGGCCAUGUUCAGAUGUGGAAUCCUGCCCCUACGGAUUGAAACGGGUCGAUAUGAAGGAGAAUCGAUCGAGGAUAUAGUAUGCUCUAUGUAUGACCUAAACAAAAUUGAAUCUGAAAAACACUUUCUAUUAUCCAGGUCAUUUUAUAAAGAGCAAGAAAUAUCCUAUAUAAUGAAAUUGGAGUUGAUUUGAAUAUCAUUUAAUAUCUAUUGCCUUGAUGAAAUUACAGCGAUUUGAUUGGCUGAAAAACUUCGUUUGAUUUCUUCAUCAAAGAAAACCUGAUUUUUACUUCUUGUUGUGUAUUGAUGUCAUAUGAUUUUGAAAACAAAAACAUUUCAAAAACGUUAAUUUAAGCUUUUUGUUGAGAGAAACAAUAAGUUUUACUAUCUUAAAACAUAAUCUAAUUAUAAGAGGUGAAUCCUAGUAUUCUUUUCUUGAUGGCGGUGUUAUAGGGAAAAUUGGAAGGAUAACUUUAACGCAUUGAUGGGAUUUUCCGUCCAAUUUUCCUUAUGAUACUCUGCCACCUUGAUACUACCAUAAAGAUAAGAUUAUUUUUUAAUUAAAUCAAAUUGAUGACUCAGUGUUUAUUAAUGUUUGUAAUUUCCCCGAACCAACUUUAAAAUUCUUAUAAUACCAGACAAUUACUAGUACAUGUAUGUACGAUAAUACCUGUAUAUAUUCAAAUGACUGUGCAUGCGCAGAUAUCGUUUAUUGUGUUCUUAUAUUGUGUUAUUUAUUGUGACGUAUAGGUCCGUUGGACCGGGUGUAUAUUAAAACAUGCAUCUUACUGAAAUGCAAAAGUUGUAUCGCACAAUGACAUGUCACUAUAAUAAAUAAAAUUUUAGUCAGCAUUUAG